AACUAUAGUGAACCGGUGAAAGGCGAGAAUUCUUCCCGAGGAAUUUUCUCAAAAUCACUUCAUUCUCCCCAUUCAUUCGCGAUUAUUAGCAAAUAUCUCCGCCAUCGAUCCGCUGUUUAGCGUCAACCGUGUCAUGGAUGUUUCUCGUGCAAUUUGUUGUGCUCCACUGCGAAUAAUCUGUUAAAUAUCAAUUCACAUCGACUGAGUCUACCAAACGGCAAUGAGCAUGAGGGCAACAAGUGGUCGAGAAGCUCGAGAGUACAUCACGAAGAGAAUAUGCAUAAGUUUCGUAUUCAGUAUUGGAUUUUUCACCCUCAUUGCAGGAUUUCUGCUCGGCAAAUUCACCACAGAUCGCCAAUACUACAUAAAACGUUUACGAGAAGCAGAUGUUUCGGCUGUAAAGGAGCUCGAGCACACUGUGGAAGAUUUCUAUGCCACAGCCAAGAACAUCACGGCCUAUCAGUCGACGAUGCUCCAACCCAACACGAAUGCAAGACUCUGGGAAGUGUACACGAAGUGCGGCUGUUCGCUGCAGAAGAAUGUGGAUUUUGACGAGAAAGUGGAUGAUUUUAUGGAGCAUCUCAUCAAUGCACAUCUCAAGAGCUUCACCAGCUGUCUCAAGACACUAGAUGGGCUUUUGCACACAAUUGACGACUGAUGUAUCACAAAUCACAACUAUUGAAUACAACUUUUCCAUUAAAACGAUAAA